UUCUGUCUCCUAUGUCGUGAAGAAACUAGCGAUAUCAACUCUGUGUCACGGCGGUCAACGUGUAUCGGCGGAAGGCUGCUGCGACAGUAGAACAGAAAGGUCAUCGUUCUCCUUUGGUUUGCUCUCGACACCUCUUCUGACCGGUAAAACAGAAAGGUCAACAAGCAGAUUUUAAAGACCCGGAAGACAAAACAACUGAUGGAUAGAUGCAUGCAUGCUGACUUGUCCCAGUCAAAUGAAGAUGCUUGCGCCGAUGAUCGGUUCAACCCCAGCGGUGAAGACUUUUCUGCACUCCAAGUGGAACGAUCGGGGGAGAGGAGAGUGCUGAGAGCCACUCGAUCAUUGGUUCUUCGAGACCCACUCAAACACGUCAACGUGUUCCACCUACUCCCAUGCGUUCCCUGCGAUGGUCGUCGACUCCUCCUUAAAAGAAGGCCGAGCUCGCGGCGUCAGCGUGCUGCUUCAUUCAAUCCUCGUCGCCUCUGCCUGCUGUCGAGAGGGAGUCGGAUGGGUCCUCUGGUGCUGGCGUCUCAGUUGGCCGCCGGCCUGGGCGUGCUGGCCGGUGCGGCGAUCGUGAAGUCGGCGAUGGAAAGUGGCCCGAUGGCCGGCGGGUUGCCACGGUGCGCGACGUGCAACGGGACGGGCCGCGUCGCGUGCCUAUGCUCCAGGUGGUCCGACGGGGACGUCGGGUGCCGGUCCUGCGUCGGCUCCGGCAUGAUGCUGUGCCGGAGCUGCGGUGGGUCGGGGUCCGGCCGGCCGCUCCCGAUUCAAGUCCCGAUGCGGUCCACCCGCUCUCCAUGACAUGAGAGAUGAGCACCAUGUGUUUGUAUAUAUGACCUGAAUUAUUGAUGAUGGUGACUCGGUGCCUAUAAUUUUGUAUUUUGUAUUUUGUAUUUUUUUUAUCCAUUUCACACAUCUUUUUUAUUUCUCUCUAUGUGACUGAUACAUUCAACAAUAUAAUUUAAUGGGAAAAAUAUGCUAAACUUAUGAGUAA